UUGUCUCUGCAGUGGCUUAUGUCAAAACCUUUACAGACUUGCAGUAUGCUAAAGUCUGUUUAUUGUGGUGAAAUACAGUAAGAAGAGUAAACAGAAGCAGAACGACCUUUUGUUUGCUAAGCUUAAAAAAUUAAAACCCCAUAACCUACCUAAUUGAAGCAAUUACAACAUAAAAUCGGAGUUGGGUUUUUCCGAUUUUCCCCAAACCGGUAGUGAAAAUUGAAUACAAUACAAAAUAGAAACAACAAAUCGUCCUGCAGAUUCAGAUAGAAGAGGUACUCUGCGGGAGUAGUUAACCAAAAAGCCGCAGGAGCAUGGCGGUGGCGACUACUGGUGAAGGAAAACGACUACUGGAUGGAAUAUACGCCGCUAUCCCAACAGACAAAGCGAAGUAGGGCUAAAAAAGUAAUUUUUAUUUGAAGUUAUCUCCAUUGGUGACUCCCCGCUCUUCCCCUCCAAACUCUCAAAACUGAUGCCAAUAAGCUCGCACUGAACUCCUUCAUUAUUAAUAAAAAAAAGUUCAUGACAACAGCUCCUACUUAUCGAUCCAUCUUCACCCAAUUCCUUGAAUACACCCAACAGAAAAACAUCCCAAAUGGCCGAACACUCCAUGCUCAUAUCAUCAAAACCGGCUCCACCCAUUGCUCUUACAUUGCCAAUAGCCUCGUUAACUUCUACGCCAAAUGCCAUCUCUUAGCCGAAGCUCAUCUUGCUUUCGAAAGCAUCGAAAACAAGGACGUUGUCUCAUGGAACUCAUUAAUCAGUGGAUAUUCUCAACUGGGUGGUCGUCAGAAUUCUAUCCUUGUCAUGGAACUUUUCAAGAAGAUGAUGAGCCAAGAGAAUACGGUGCUGCCCGAUGCUCGUACUUUUGCCGGUGUCUUUACUGCUGCUUCAGCUUUAAUGGAUUCAUAUGGAGGGAAACAAGCCCAUACAGUUUCCUUGAAGUUGGGGAAGUGUGAGGACAUUUUCGUUGGUAGUUCUUUGUUAAACAUGUACUGUAAGUCGGGGUUUGUUGACGAUGCCCGUAAGGUGUUUGAUGAAAUGCCAGAGAGAAAUUCAAUUUCUUGGGCUACUAUGAUUUCCGGGUAUUCAAUGCAGAGGAUUUGUGACCAUGCAUUGGAACUUUUCAAGGCGUUGGUAGCUCAGGAAGAGGAGCAUGUCAACGAAUUUGUAGUCACAAGCAUCUUAAGUGCAUUUACUUUGCCUGAAUUCAUUCACAUUGGACAACAAAUCCAUUGUCUAGGACUCAAACACGGCCUUUUGUCUCAUGCAUCUGUAGGUAAUGCAAUCGUCACAAUGUAUUCAAAAUGUGGAAGCUUGGAUGAAGCUAUCAAAGCAUUUGAGUCAUCAAACAACAAGAACUCCAUUACAUGGUCUGCAAUGAUCACUGGGUAUGCACAGGGAGGCGACUGUAAAAAAGCAUUAACAUUGUUCUCAAAAAUGCAUUUCAAUGGGUUAGUCGCUAGUGAAUUUACACUUGUUGGGGUCCUUAAUGCUUGUAGCGAUGGUUUAGCUAUAGAAGAAGGAAAAGAGACACAUGCAUACUCAAUAAAAUUGGGCUUUCAACAUCAAAUCUACAUAAUGACUGCUUUAGUUGACAUGUAUGCUAAAUGUGGUUCCUUAGAUGAUGCUCGAAAAGGGUUUGAUCAUUUACAAGAACCAGAUAUAGUACUAUGGACAUCAAUGAUUGGAGGGUAUGUUCAAAAUGGUGAAAACGAGAGUGCUAUGGACUUAUUUUGUAGAAUGCAAAAAGAAGGUAUCUCACCAAAUGAACUAACCAUGGCAAGUGUUCUAAAAGCAUGCUCAAGUCUUGCAGCUUUAGAGCAAGGAAAGCAAAUCCAUGCCACUACUAUUAAACAUGGAUUUGGGCUUGAGGUCCCAAUUGGAAGUGCACUUUCAACCAUGUAUGCUAAAUGUGGAAGCCUUAAAGAUGGAGGUCUUGUAUUUACAAGAAUGCCAUCGAGGGACAUUGUGUCUUGGAAUUCAAUGAUUUCUGGGUUGUCACAAAAUGGUCAAGGGAAUGAAGCGAUUGAAUUAUUUGAGGAAAUGCAGAUUGAAGGUAUGAAUCCGGAUUAUGUUACUUUUGUAAAUGUUCUUACUGCUUGUAGUCAUAUGGGAAUGGUGGAAAGAGGUUGGGAUUAUUUCAAGAAAAUGUCAGAUAAAUAUGGGAUCACACCAAGACUCGAGCACUAUGCAUGCAUGGUUGAUCUUUUGAGUCGUGGUGGAAAGUUAAAUGAAGCUAAAGAUUUUAUAGAAUCAGCACCUAUAGAUCAUGGUCUUUGUUUGUGGCGAAUUUUAUUAAGUGCAUGUAGGAAUUAUCAUAAUUAUGAAUUAGGGGCGUAUGCGGGAGAGAAAUUAAUGGAAUUGGGGUCAUUGGAAUCUUCUGCUUAUGUGUUGUUAUCGAGUAUUUAUAAGGCUUUGGGAAGAUUGAAAGAUGUUGAAAGAGUUAGAGAAAUGAUGAACUUUCGUGGUGUGAGUAAAGAACCUGGGUGUAGUUGGAUUGAGAUUAAGAGUCAUUUUCAUGUUUUUGUUGUUGGAGAUCAAUUGCAUCCUGAAAUUAAGGAAAUACGUUUGGAGGUAAAUAGGUUGAGUAAGCUAAUGAAAGAUGAAGGUUAUCAACUUGAAUUUGAUUCAAACUUUGGAGGUUUGGAAGUUUAAAAGGAUGUUUGGUUCGCAAAAUGUUUUUGAAGGAAUUAAAAUUUGUUAAAGAAAUUGAAAUUUAAAGAAUUUGGAAUAUAAAUAAUUUGAAUUUUGUCA